AUGGCUUAUCCCGCGAUUGGAGAAUAUAACAAGGGUAUCUGUCCAAGAUCUCACCCAGUGGCGAUAUAUUCCAUCUUCCUGGAAUUCUUCUUCAACACAGAGCCGUUCCCCGAUUUCGAAAACUGGGUAUACGCGAUGGGUGACCUGACGGGGUACGGGCUUCACGGAGACUUCGUCAACGGCUGGACCGACCAAGACGCCCUACAGAAAGCCGUAUCAACAUGUACGAGCGCGCGGGGCCUCAGUGAUCCGGGUUGUUCGAUCACCAAGGCACAGAAACGAGCUUUAACGCCGCUGGAGCAAGUUCUGGAAGUGCCAGAACCCAAGGACGAGCUGGGACAACAUGGUCCUCUUCCCAAAUUGCCUGGCCACAAUCCAGUGACUGGCGCUCCUAACAGUACAUGGGUUUGA